AGCUACUGCUAUUGUUUCCAAUUUGGAGUUAUUUCUGGAUAUAGUUUUUCUUAAAAUGCUUUUGAUAUUUGAAAUAGUUAGCCGUCAAAGCUUACUCAUUAGGUUGUGAUACUGAAGAUUGCUUUUGGACCAUCUUCACUGGAUCUUUUCAUGGCUUCAUGUGUGUUUCCACCGGGAGCACUGACUUGACAAUCAACAUACUGUAGUCAAGAUGGUGUAGACAAAUAUUACGAGGUGUGUGUUCAUAAGCGCAUAUUCACACUUAUUUUGGCACCAGAGGCAUCAACAGCAGCAACAUACAGUACUAUCUUGACAAUGUUCAAAUUAAAAGUGUUUAGUGGGAACACUGGGGCCCUCCCUUGAACUCAGGUAAUGAGUGAAGGGGACAACUUCACUCAGGUUAAGAGACCAUCUCAUUUGCUCUCAGGAAGAAGAGGGUUGAAGAAAUUGUCACUUAGGCAUCAACAGCAGCAACAUCCAGCACUAUCUUGAAAAUGUCCAAGUUAAAAGUGUCAAACACCAAGUUUUACACGCAGGAAGAGGAAUUGAGAAGUGGCUACCUGCACAAGUCCCCUGGUCCUCUGAUUUCAAUGAAAUCACAGAAAUCUUGGAAGCGCCGUUUUUUUGUACUCUUCAAGACGAGCGAGGGUGUUUACACCCUCAAGUCCUUCAGAAGUGAGGAGAGGAAUAAAGCCCUGGGAGAGAUAGACCUGUCAGAAAUCAGUACGCUGCUCUUCUGCCCUGAGAGCCAUAGUAUGUGGGGAUGGAUUCACAAAAUGUUCAGGUGCCCAGCCUCUUGUGUACUGCUACUGCGUGCCAACAGCCGAGACUAUUUCCUCGUUGGAGAGAACAGAUGGGAAACCAAUGGCUGGUUCGAUGUCCUUUACAACGUUCUGCAAGGGCAAAAAGAUGUACGGUAUGAUCAGGAUGUGGAAGUGGGGAAACCCAGAACCUGCUCCGCCCCUCCAGUGCCUCGGACUGAGCUAACUCAUCAGGCCUCUGGUAGAGAAACCAAGUCAAAGUCAAUGCCACCACUAAGUCAGCCAGUAAAUAGACCCGUCUGUCUGAUGCCUCCAUAUCCACCCAACACUCAAGCCUCCCUGAUUGAGGCCACAGGCCCAUCUGCAGCUGAGGAGCCCAUUUAUGCUGUUCCAUCCAGUCUGCCUGUCAUAGCAGCACUACAGAUCUAUGACAAAAAAGUCAGGCCAAAGUUGAUGCCAUUGCCACCACCAAGUGUGCCAAGAGAAACAAACCCAGCACGUCGCUACGCUGUUCAUGAGAACUGGCGUUUUAUAGCGCAGCCACAGGUACCAGAGAGUGACGAGAAUGAGGAGGGGGCCGACUGCGGUGUGUAUGAGGACAUGGCUACAUUGUGCAAUGCAGUAAUGGAGGCAGAGGACAAGGAGCCGUCAGAGGAUGUGGACUCCGAAGACAGUGAUUUUGUUGAUGGUGAUGGACAAACGAAGAACAGUCCCUCCAUUAAGGAUACAAUGACUGAUGAAAAGGGGGCCAGUCGCCAAAGUCUCCCCACACCCAUUGAGAUGGAGGUUUGUGUGAGCCGAGAGGAUCUGGAAAAGCAUCUGGACCUGACAUCGGAUGGAGAGACACCAGGGAGAGACAGCUUGUUGCUCAAGGGAGACGAAAUCCUGGCCAUCAACAAUCUGCACAUUGACAGCGAGGAGGAGGUGGAGUUCAUGCUGAAGAAACUUAGGAUGAACGAGGUGACGCUCACCAUUCGGAGGCUGUCCAGUGAGUUCCAGGCCAUGAAAGCAGAACUUUCCCCCAUGUGAAUCAUUGUGUGGCCCCUUUCUCAGUGUUUUUUCCUGUGUCUGUCAAAGACAAGUUUCACCCUGUGUGUCUCUCAAUGACUUUGAGCUGCAAACACAAACCCCGUCUCCUGGUGAUGACAGCCAGCACAGCUCUCCAAUCAAGAGGAAAGAUGCAAGUGCGUUUUGUGUGCUCAAAAAGAGACUAUGGCAAAAAAAAGAGGCCAAGAAUCAUUUAAUAGCCGACUAAGAUGACAUUCUUACCUCUCGCAGCCCGUUGCGUUGAAACAACAGAUGGUUGUGACCAAGGAUAUCUCUACCAUCUCUGAAGAACUUUGUGGGUGUAUCUUGGCGUAUCUUUGUAAACAGUAUUUCUGUAGGCUAUGCAGUAAGUCCUACCUGCAAUCAUGUACACACACAUGUAUACAGUGCCCUCCGCAGGCACCAUUAUUGGCACCAUAAAGAUGGGUGAUGUAAACAAAAAUGUGAUGUAAAGAGAUGUAAACAAAUCUGUAGGCAUUUUAUAUGUUUCACUAUGGAAACAGUGAGGAAACAAUGUUGAAAGUAAAUUCAUUCAGAGAGAAAAAAACAUCCACAUUUGUUUAUCUUCAUGUAUUUGUUUUGUAUUCCAUUGUAUAUAUAUAAAACAUAAAUAGAAAAAGCACUGGAUGGACAGUAUUUUUCAAACGUUGGAAGAUAAACUGCCUGAAAAAUAAAUAAAUC